UACACCGGAAGUAUAUAGUGACGGUGAAGAUUCGGCUGUGCAAGGCAGUGGUGGACUUCAGAGUUCAGGAUGGCUUCGCGGUUGAUUCGGAUUUUGCCUUCUCUGUCUCGAAUGCGCUUUAGUCCGGUGUACAGUGCUCGUUUUGUCUCUCAAUCAUCUCCAUCGAGCGCUGCAGGUGCUGCCACUGUCACGGAUUUGCAGCACGGUCAUGCCAAGGAUAGUCAUGGACACGCAGAGGUCAGCCCGUUUGAGGAGAAUCCUGAGUACCAUGGAUUCUCAAGUGAUGUCCAGGCAGAUGCAUGGAACAUGAAGCUGGCCUUCUUUCUCAGCAUUUCUGUUGCUAUUGUCAUAGGCGGCACCUUUCUCCAUUACCUACCUGACCAUGGAAUGAGGCAGUGGGCCAGAAGGGAGGCCGAGAGACUGAUCAAGAAGAGGGAAGCUGAGGGGUUGCCCAUCAUGACGGAGAACUACUACGAUCCUAGCAAGAUUGUUCUUCCAUCAGCAGAAGAGUGAAAUGUACAUUUACUGAAUAUGUGUUAGUUAAAAUAUGUUUUUGCUCUUAAUUGUAAAAUAUGACAACAGUAUGCUACUGUAAUAAAAUAAUUUGUGCUAUG